GUGGUCUUCAACGCAGCCAUCAGCUGCUGCGCCAAAGGCAGCGCCUGGGCCGCGGCCUUUGGGCUGCUGCGCCAGCUGGACCUGUCGCAGCUCCAGCGCGACCUGCUGGGCUACAGCGGGGCUCUCAGCGCCUGCUCCUUGGCUCGGCAGUGGCAGCACGCGCUGGGCCUGCUGGCGGACAUGGCAACCGCUUCGCUCCGCCAGGAUGCCAUCAGCUACAACUCGGUGAUCAGCGCCUGUGAGGGCCCGCAGUGGCCGCUGGCGUUGCACUUCCUGCGGGCCAUGCGGCGCCAAACUCUGCAGCCCACGGUGGUCACCUACAACACCGUCAUGGCCGCCUGCCCCAACUCGGCCCUGGGGCUCUUGCAGACCAUGCAGGGGGAGGUCUUGGAGCCGGAUGUGAUCAGCUACGGCUCGGCCAUCUCUGCAGGAGACUGGCACCUGGCGCUCCAUUUGCUGUCCUCCAUGUUGCGGAGCCAGCUGGUGCCGGACAUCGUGUGCUACAACUCGGUGAUGACCGCGUGCACGCAGUGCAGCCGGUGGCCGGAGGCCCUGGCCUUGCUGGGCCUCUGCCAGAAGUCCUCCACCCAGAAAGACGCCGUGACCUUCAACGCAGCCAUCAGCUGCUGCGAGGCCAGUGGCCAGUGGCACCUGGCGCUGCACUUCUUCGGCCAGGCGCUGGAGGCAGGUCAAGUGACGGCGGUGACCUACAACGCAGCCAUUGCCGCGUGCAGCAGUCGCUGGGACCUCGGCCUUCAACUGCUGCAUGCCAUGGAGGUCGCUUCCUUCAGCCCGGACGUGGUGAGCUUCGGCAGCGCCAUUAGCCCCCCGGGCGAAGAGAUGAGCGCCACCUUCCCCUUCCUGUGCCUGCGCCCAGCAAAGCCUGUGGACCUCUGCGCUGCAUCUGCUGACCAGAAUGCCACACAGGGCGCUGGAUCCCAACGUAGUGACUUUCACCGCCGCCGUAAGCGCCUGCCACAACGCCAGCGAGCCUCUUGGCGCCAGAGCUAA